UUGUGUUAUAAGACCUAAGAACUGCACAGGCUUUCACACCACAAGGCACAAGCAAAAACCAAUCUCUUAUAGUUUCCUGGGGUUACUCACUUUGUCAAUUUUAUUUCCAUUUGCAAAAAAGAAAAUCAUGGCUGCUGCCCUAGUAGGAGGAGCAUUUCUGUCUGCAACCCUUCAAGUGUUAUUUGACAGGAUGGCAUCUCAGGAGGUCGUGAACUUCAUCCGGGGAAGAAAAGUCCCUGCUACACUACUAAACAAGCUGGAGACAUGGUGUCUUACCCUCAGCAAAGUGCUCAAUGACGCAGAGGAAAAGGAAAUCACAGAUACAAUUGUCAAAAAAUGGCUUGAUGAGCUUAAGGAUGCUGUGUAUCACGCAGAGGACCUUUUGGAUGAGAUCGCUACUGAAGCUUUGCGGUGCCAAGUGGAAGCUGAUUUUGUAACCUCUACAAGUAAGGUACGUAACUUCAUCUCUACUUCAUUUGAUCGGUUUGGGAGAAAACUAGAAUCAAAGAUACAAAAAGUCCUAGAGAAGCUGGAAUAUCUAGCUUCACAAACAAAUGCUAUAGGUCUGAGAGAAGGUGUUGAAGGGAGAUCUUCCCAAAGAGUGCCCACAACUUCUCUGGUAGAUCCAGAGACUAUAAUUUACGGUAGGGAUGAUGAUGAAAAGGCAAUAGUCAACUUCCUGCUCUCAAACGAUGUAGCAAGCAACAAUCACUCAACUGGUGUAAUUCCCAUUGUGGGCAUGGGUGGGGUUGGAAAAACAACCCUUGCUCGGCAAAUCUACAACAACCAAAAAAUCAUAGAACAUUUCAGCCUUAAAGCAUGGGUUUGUGUUUCAGAAGAAUUUGACGUUCCUAAGAUAACUAAAAAAAUUCUUGAUCAGGUUGUCAGUCCACAAAAACGUGAUCUCACUGACUUCAAUGAGAUCCAAACUGAAUUGAAGAAUUAUUUGAUAGGAAAGAAAUGUUUACUGAUUCUUGAUGAUGUAUGGAAUGAAAAAUAUGAUCAUUGGGCUCUCUUGAGUAGUCCCUUUAAAUAUGGGGCAUCGGGAAGUAGAAUUAUUGUGACAACACGCAACAUAAGUGUUGCAUCGAUCAUGCGCCCUAUUAAAACUUUUUAUCUUAAUAAAUUAUCAGAAGAAGAUUGUUGGCUAUUAUUUGCAAAUCAUGCCUUUGAAAAUGGAAAAUCUAAUGCACAUCCUGAAUUAAAAAGAAUUGGUGAAGAAAUCAUUAAGAAGUGUGACGGUUUGCCAUUGGCAGCAAAAGCACUCGGUUGUCUAUUGCACUCAAAAUUAGAUGUAGAGGAAUGGAAUAAAAUUUUGAAAAGCGAAAUUUGGAGUCUGCCUAAUGAUGGGGGUGAUAUUCUUCCAGCUUUAAAAAUAAGUUACAAUUAUCUACCCUCACAUUUAAAGCAAUGUUUUGCAUAUUGUUCAAACUUCCCAAAGGAUUAUCUAUUCAAAAAGGAAGAACUUGUUCAGUUGUGGAUGGGAGAGGGCUUCUUGCAACAACACAACAAGAAUGAAGAAAUGGAAGUUAUAGGUGCUGAGUACUUCCUUGAUUUAGUAUCAAGGUCACUUUUACAACGAUCAAAUGGAAGCAAAUUGUGCUUUCUAAUGCAUGACCUAGUCCAUGAUUUAGCUACAUCUAUAUCUGGCAAAUUUUGUUUUAGAUCAGAAGAGGAUAACACAAACAAAAUUAUAGAUAAAACUCGUCAUUUUUCCUACUUAAGAACCAUGUAUGACACCUCGGAGAAGUUUGAUGCUUUGUGCAAAGCUAAAAAUUUACGUACCUUCAUUUCAUUACAAAUGAAAGAAGAAGACAAAGAUGAAGAUGACGAGUUCUACUUAACAAAGAUGGUACCACAUGAUCUAUUAUUGAAAUUAAGAUUCUUACGUGUGCUCUCUCUUUCACAUUAUUGUAAUAUAGAGUUGCCAAAGUCAAUUGGAGAUUUCAAACAUUUACGCUAUUUAGAUGUCUCUUUUACUGGGAUUGAGAGAUUGCCUAAGUCUACAUGUAUGUUGCUCAACUUACAAACGUUGAAUUUAUCAGGAUGCAAAUUUCUAGUUAAGUUGCCAGAAAAUAUGAGAAAUCUCAUUAAUUUGCGUCAUCUUUAUAUUAGUGGAACUAGCAUUAAAAAUAUGCCAAUACAUAUGGGUCGGUUACAAUGUCUUCAGACUUUGACCAAAUUUGUUGUCGGCAAGGACAUUGGAUUCCGAAUUGAAGAGUUAGGAAAACUUUCAAAUCUUGGGGGAGUCAUUGUGAUAUCGAAUCUCCAGAAUGUGAUAAACUCGACUAAUGCUUUGGAAGCAAACUUGAAGGAUAAGGAGCACCUUAAGGAGAUAACAUUGGAGUGGGAUGCUGCCAAUGACAUUAUUUCUCGAAGUGAAAGAGACGUACUCAACAAUCUGCAGCCUCAUACGAGCUUAACAAUGCUUGUUAUCAAGAAUUACAAUGACACAAGCUUUCCAAAUUGGGUUGGAGACAGUUCAUUUUCAAAUAUAACAGUUGUUCAUCUAAACUCUUGUAGAAAUUGCUCUAGUUUGCCAUCACUUGGACAACUCCCCUCUCUUCUUGACCUCUUCGUUUUUGGGUUUGAUGAAGUUGUUACCGUGGAUGCUGACUUUUAUGGUAGUGAUUCUUCUACUACUACGCCAUUUCGAUCACUGAAAAAAUUGAGAUUUGAGGAAAUGUCGAAGUGGGAGAAAUGGUCUCCUUAUCACGGAGAAGGUGAAGAUGAAGGAAGAGCUUUUCCGAGUCUCCAAGAGCUUUAUCUCGUAGAAUGUCCAAAACUAAGUGGAAGCUUGCCCAAGCACCUUCCUUCUUUAACCGAACUUGAGAUUAAUGAAUGUGAACAGCUUGAGACUUCUCUCCCAACUGCUCCUUCUAUUCGUGAAUUACAAUUAAGGAAUUGUAAUGUUGCGCUGUUGAAAGAAUUGCCACCCACGUUGCAAGAGCUCAGAGUACAGGGAUUCAAAAACCUGGAGUCUCUGCCAGAGGGAGUGAUGGACCACAGCCACUGUGUUGAAGCGUUAUUUAUCUAUGAUUUUCCUGUGCUCAAGUCUCUUCCUCGUGGGGGUCCCACAACACUAAAAUGUCUUUCUAUCUGUGAUUGUAAGGAAUUGGAAUUCCCGAUGUACCCCUGCUACUCUUCCCUUGAGGGAUUGGAGAUACAAAGUAGCUGUAAUUCUCUAAAGUCAUUUCCUUUAGACAUCUUCCCGAAGCUUCGUUAUCUCAGUAUCAAAAGGUGUAGCAACAUGGAGUCCCUUUCAGUUUCGGAGGGACAUCACCUAACUGAUCUCCUAAAGUUGAAAAUCAAAAAUUGCCCUAAUUUUGUAGUUUUUCCCAGUGGAGGAUUGUCGGCCCCCAAUCUCUCUGUUUUAAAAGUCAGUAAUUGCUCUCGUCUCAAUUCACUCCCAGAAAACAUGCACACGUUUCUCCCGUCUCUUGAAAUUUUGUUUAUCAUUAAUUGUCCACAAAUUGAUUCUUUUCCGGAAGGUGGUCUGCCAUCCAAUCUAAUUUCUUUAUUGAUCAACGACUGCAAAAAACUAAUUUGCAAUAGAAUGGAGUGGGGCUUGCAAAGACUGCAGUCUCUUAAAAUAUUAGCAUUCAUAAAUGAUUGCGGGGAUGUGGAGUCCUUUCCGGAGGAGUAUUUAGUGCCCACAACUGUUAUCCAACUUUACAUCACUCGAUUUGGAAAUUUGAGAACGUUGGACAACAACGGGUUUCAACACCUUACCUCUCUUCAAUAUUUGGACAUCAGAGACUGCCCUAAGCUCAAGCACAUGCCAAAAGAGGGGCUGCCUGCCUCCAUCUCUCACAUACUGAUCAGGGAUUGUCCUUUGUUGACGAAACGAUUGCAAAGGAGGAAGGGAAAAGAGUGGCGCAACAUUGCUCACACCCCCUUCAUAGAAAUCAGUGAGUUCAACACAUCAAAUAAAGCCAAUCAGUUGUCCAUCGAUGGUGAAUUGAGAAGAACAUUUCUAUCUUGAUUUCUGUGAAGAAGCUGCCAAAAGUAUGACAGGAUUCAUGCUCAGUUACCUGUUCUUUGUUAAACAAAUGCUUUCAAAGUGAAAAUGGAAAAGUUAAACACUGACCUGCAUAAAGGAUAUAUAUAUCUCUAGUUUUCAUUUUUUUUUCAUAAUGCUUUUUGUUUAUCAAAACAUUAGUAUAUAUACUACCACAU